AUGAACUCAUUGUACAGAUUUGUUGGGAUGGUAGUGCGGUCUAGGAAUGAGGUGACCAACCAUUUGCUGCAAAAACUCUACAGAGAUCCAUAUGGCCAUGACUUGAUGUCAACCAACAUUCAAAGAGGCAGAGAUCAUGGACUCACUGGUUAUGUCAACUACAGGUACAAACUCUGUGGCUUGUCCCUCAUCAAGACCUGGGAUGACAUGGUCAACAUGGGUUACAUGAGGAACUACACUGUUGCCAAGCUGGCCCAAAUCUACAGGACCCCAUAUGAUGUUGACCUUAUUAUUGGUGGGUUGGCUGAACGGCCAGUCAAGGGUGGCUGGGUUGGACCCACCCUCUCUUGCAUUAUUGCCAGGCAGUUCAGGAAUCUCAUUGUUGGUGACAGACACUGGUUUGAGCACCCAGGAAUGCCUUCAUCCUUCACCAAGGCUCAACUCAAGGCCAUCAAAUACACCAGUGCAGCUGGGUUGUUGUGCGAAGUCCUUGGUCUCAAGGCACUUCAGCCCCUUGUGAUGCAUUUGCCUGGAUAUCAAGGAAACCAGAUUACCUCUUGCAAAAACUUGCCAACACUGAACCUGCUACCUUGGAAGGAAGUUGAUCCUUACCAUUCAGCUCCUCAGGAUGUUCUGUAUGGCUCUGGUAACCACCACUCUGGUUAUAACAGUGGGGACUAUGGAUAUGGCCACCUUGCUGACACCUACAGCACUGGAGACACUUACAGCACUGGGAAUUCUGGUUACAUCAAUCCAGGAUAUUAAUGCAAUCAAAUUUUAUAAUGUUGGGUGAAUUCAGGGAUGUUCAGGUAGAACAUCAAAUUGACAGCCACAAUGUUGUGAAACCAUGUCACGUUUAACACAAUGACAAGAAGUAAACCUCUUCCUCAACAAACUCACUUUGUAUCUUGUCUCAAAAAAAAAGAAGCAUCCAUUCUUGUUUUCCAUUCCCUGUACAACAGCAAUUCCUAUUUUUCCAUGUACUGGAAGACAUUGCUGAAGUAAAUUGCGGAAACAUUGACAGGUGUACGCUAUUAUAAUGUUGUCAUUCUUUGAAAAUGCCAAGAAAUAAACAUCUUCUUCAAAAAGUAAGAUUGGUUAUUUCUCCUGAAGCUUACACUGAAGUAUUACCAGAGAUUUGCUGCACAACUCUUCCUCCAGGGAACUCCAAAAUGAAAUUACUGUAUAUAUAAAAAUUAUUCACACAAAUGAAGCAAAGUAAAUUCAUGCUAAAAUGGUGAUGUUAAGAUUUUCAAUCCUGGAAUUUCUCCACUAUUGUGAAAUCUUUUUAGUGAGGUGACAAAAGGAAAAAAGGAUUUAUUGCUUAUAUGAAGAAAGACUGAGUUUUAAAAUGUAAAUUCUAUGCCAAAGGCAAAACAACAUGAGGUCAAAUGAGCUGUUGUAUAUAUAUACACAUUGCUGAACAUUUAUAAUGACAGGGUUUACUUUUCCAGAGAGAGCAUUGUGUUGCCCCAACAAAGCCCAGUAUAAUUAUAUAUGAGGCUCAGAGUUUGUUGCAGUGCUGUGUUUGCUUAUCCAGAGUGUGUCAGUGUGAUUACCACUUUGAAAAUAUUUACUAAAUCUGAAUAAAGAAUUGAGAAAAUU